AUGAUGCAACCUACUCGCUGCUUUGUCAUCUCCCUCCUCCCUCUGUCGCCUUGCCGUCACUCCCAGAACAGCCUCCUUCAUCCCUCCUUUCAGUGGAUUGAGGCUGCGGACGCCGCCGUUCAGGCGGCUAAGGUGAAGGCGGAACAGGUACAUGGGAGGUUGGAUCAUAGUGAUAAUAAUGGUCAUCCAAAGACUCCGAUUGGUCAAGGAGUUAAGCAGAUUAAUGAGGCUAAAGGAAAAGUUAGUCAAGUUGAUGGUCAGUUGAAACGUAUUCACAGUGAUUUAGCGGUUAAGAAGGCGACGGAAGUCCAUGGCAAGUUGGAUCCUGAUAAAAGUAAGUCGACGCUUGGUGGUAAAAUCGGAGAAAUUGAAGACGCAAAAAACAACAUUAUUAGCGCAAAUUCACAACUGAAAACACAAGUCGACAGUCUGCGUUCUUGGAUCACCACGGCGGAAGAUAUCCGUGCUAAGGCCCAGGAAAAAGCGGAAGAGGCUUAUAGUAAGUUGGACGUUCACGCCGAAUUGAGUAGGAAUGUUCAGAAGAUUGUGGACGCCAAUAAGGUAAUUGAAGGAGUUCACAAAGGCCUGAAUAGUGUCGAUAAAAGUUUGGAAGCGUGGAAGGAGCAGGCUGGGAAGGUGCUUACCGGGGCGAUUGACAAUGCUACGACAGUGUAUAAUGGUUUGAAUGAUGGUCAGACUGUAAUGACAAAUAUUGAAGGGAUUGAGAAACACAAUCAGGAAAUUCAGCGUGCAAAUAAAGAACUCCAAGGACAUGUCUCAAGUCUGGGAGACUGGAACGCUGCCGCCAAGGAUGUUAUUACCAAGGCGGAGCAGAAGUGUGAGGAGAUACUUAAGAGGGUGGAUGACAAGACGAAGGGAUCAGGCCAAGUUGCAAUUAAAGAGCAUGCUGACGAAUUGAAGAAAAAAGCGGAGAGCCUUUUGAACGCUUACAGCCAGGCGUAUCCUAAAGUAGAAGGUUUGAAAAAGCAAGUUGAACAGGCCAUCACAGAGUUGGAAGCCGGCAUGAAAAAUGAUUUGGAUAGGCUGCAAAAGGAUAUUGUGAGCAAGAUGAAAAAGCAUGUUGGUGAGAUGCUUUUGCAGAUUAAGGGGCAAGUGGAGAGCAUUAAGGGGAGUGACACAAGUAGUUGGAGUGGCAGCGAAACUCCAAGUGGUCUGGAAGGCAUUGUCCACGGUUUGGUGAACAGCUAUGCCAGUGGGUUCCGCAACAAUAAUUUUGCAGAAAUUGCCAAGGGCUGGUUGGAAGCCACAAUCUUGAGGUACAACGGCACCGUGCGGAGGAUACUCGGCAUGGAGCAGGAGUUUGAUGAGACGAGGAAGGACGGUAAUAUCGAGGCUUUCGCAAUUGGAAUGAAAACGAGGCUCAGCAAUGAUGUUACUAGUGUAGCCAAAGAGGCGUUCCAAUCUGUUAAUACCGUCAGUGGCGGCAUCACUAAAAGUAUUGAAGCUGUCCAAAAGCUUUGCAAUUAUUUUGCCAACGCGCUUGAUAAGGAACUGUAUACUAGCACAAAAAAAACAGUCGAGUAUGUUAAGAAUGACGCGCUGACUAAGGGAUCCCUCGUCGCUAAGAUUCAAAAAUGCGUCUGCGAGUGCGGUAAUUGCAACAAGCAGGAUUGUGGCAAAAAAGCCGCCGCGGAAUUAAUAAUGUGCGCGCUCACCUCUACAGUGAGACAGGUCGGCAACGAACUGAAGUCUGUGUUACUCGAUAACAGGGUGGGAAAUUACGGCAAGGGCAGCAAAAGCAUCGCACAAGAAUUGGACAAAGUGGUUGGUGAGACGAAGAAGCUUCACCAGCAUCUCGAAGCGGCGGAAAAACAGACAAAUGAUCAACAACGUUCCACCUACGGUGACCCGAACAAUGAAAUUCUGAAGAAAGUAAACGAGAUUGAGCAACAGGUUAAAAUGGCGAUGAAACAAAAAGGCAACGAUAUAGAGGUUGAAGAAACAAUGACGUCCUAUAAAGAAAAGAGAGAAAAACCAGCAAAUGAUAAAGAUGGCCUCUACAAGAAGCUGACUGAACAAGACAUCCCCCAGGCGAUGGAGCCCUUCAAGCAGAUGGGUGGAUUCAGUCAAGAACAAUCUGAACUUAAGGCAGGAAAAGUAGAAAAGGCUAAAAAUGCAGUCCAAGAACAUCUCUCCAAAAUAACCUCCGAACUCCAAGAGAUCGCCGGGAUGGUUAAGAAAGGGAAGGACACGCUGAAGAAGAAUGAAGACGGCGUCAAGGACUACCUGGGGGAUUUGGAGAAGAUGGUUACGCAAAGUGGUGAGUAUGAAAUUAAGUCUGAUGUAGACUCACAGUACAAAAAAGUCCGAGGCCUCGAUGCAAUUUACACUACGAUCAACGAGCUGCAGACCGGUGACUUCAAGAAAACUGAUUCAAUCGGCACAGCCGUCUCAACAAUUAAGACGCAGCUUGGCACUCUCAGAACUACCCUGAAAAUUGAAAGCGCUGAUAGUAAAGAUGAUGUAAUUGAAAGGUUAACAGAUUUGAAAGAGAAGGGGCUUGGUGGCCAUUGGACUAUUGAUAAUGGAGACUGGAAAACUACCAAGGGUCUAGCAAUAAUCCAGGAGCGACUUAAAACACAGAAUGCUAUAUUACCGGUGCAAACGAAUGACAUCGAUAUGGCUAUAAAAGAAAUCAAAGGUGAACUUGCGCGGAUCGGCAUCAAGCUGAAUAAUGUCCACACUGAUCAUGACAUUCUAGACCAGUUGAAAAAGCUAAAUAAGCAUCUUGGUACAUAUAAGGGUAAAUAUGGAAGAAAUUACACUGUCAACCUUAAAAGCAUCCAGGAGGCAAUUAAGGACCUUCAUGACCAUGAGUUUAACGAAAAACCAAAGGAAAUCCAAACAGCCAACGAAGCAAUCAAAACAGCACUCAAAGCGCAGAUGUGCACGCUGGACACUGACGUCAUCAAGACGCUGGGUGAUUUGAAGGACAAAGGGAUGAGUAACGUGCCAAGUUGGAACAUAAAUAAUAACAAAGCAAAGGGCUUGGAGAAUAUUAAAGAUGGCCUUCACGCUCAACAAAGUGAGUUGACUGGACAACCCAAGAACAUAGAGCAAGGCGUCACCCAAAUCACCGCGGAGCUUGACGAGCUGAGGAGUGAGUUGCAGGGUAAGGAUGCCGGUGAGCCAAAAGAAAGAGGCGUGAUCAAGAAUAUGGAAUUUAUGAUAAAGAAGAUUGGGAAAGGUAAAGGAAAUGGACUUGAUAAAAUCACAAAUGAGAUUGACAGGCUCAACAGGGAGACAGUCCCUGACGUCAACAAGCAUCUGGGGGACCUGUGCGGUGUGAUUUCGGACAAUGCUGCAAAGACAAAUUGGCAACUGGAUUAUUUCAAAGAGGAUAACAUUGAUGAUAAACUGCAAGGCAUAAAGAAAGACAUUCACACCCUCAGCACCGGUGACCUCCAGGAGGCAAUAGAGAUGUGCGACAAGUUCCUCACCGACGCCGAUUACAUAAAAUGGGAGAAAGUAGAAAACAUUGAACGCUUCGUAGACAGUGAGAUUGAAAAGGCAGUCGCGGAGCUCAGCAAGCAGGCGCGGCGUGACUACGUGGAGUCCGCGAAGGACGCGCUGAAACACUUCGCCGCCAAGGCGUCCGGGGAGCUGGGGGAACUGCCCGGCGAGAUAAACAGGGAUCUCUUCGUGGGCUUCAAGGGGCUCAUGAAAUAUGCGCACGGACACUUUGACAGCCUCGAAAGCGUCACGGAAGAGAGAGAAAUUGCCGUCAUAUCCUCCGCGUUCCACGCUUUCUACGCCCCGGUCAACGAGUAUCUCGGCAGUGAGAUCCGGAGGGAGCACAGGGAGCGUGAGGGCGAAAAAAGUCCCCUGCUCCCCAAGUCCCAGGAUCACUACGCUGACAGACUUAGUGCAGUUCACACGGCGCUCAGCGCUCUGCUCACCCACAUAACCGGUGCGCAACGCUACGGCCAUGAGGUCCGUGGUCUGCUUGACGCGCUUGACAAGGCACUCGCCGGCCUCAGGCCGGAGUGCUUCGCCAGGCCAAGCACGGCUGUGAUAGACGGCGUGACGGACGGGCUCAGUGCCUUCGCCGCCGAGCUGAGGAACGCGUACAUCAGUGCGUACUCCGGCGCCGCGCUCACCGGUGACUUAGUCAGCAGUGAGGCCGUGAGCGAGAGAAGCGUCACCGUGUUGACGCCCUACGGCGAGAAGCUCUCUAAGGUGUUCCUCAGCAUAGUGCCGUUACUUGACACUUCAUUCGCCGUGUUGAGGAUGGAGUGUAUGAGCCUCGCCGGACAGCAUCUCAACAGAUCUACGGAUCUCGGCAAUCUCCUCGCCGGGAUGGGCUACAGAGUUCCAGACGACGGCAAGCAGGACGGCGAGUUGAAUAGGAACGUGACCGGUAGGGGAAUUACCAUGCUCCUUGUCGGCGAUUAUAAGCGUGUCUUCAACUCUGAUAAGGACACUAAAAAUGCUCUCGGAAUUCUUGUCCAAUGUCUCAAUGAUUACUACAAGGCGUGCCACUACGCCACUUUAUCCGCCACCAAGUCACCAUGCAACGUCUACGAGAUGCUCUGCUGGCUGACAGGCCUUAAGUACAACAGUGUCUAUGAUAAGUUGCGUAAAUGCAUUAAAUUGUGUUACGAUGAGCAGACGAAAAAUAGCCUACAUCCCACCACUGUUGUUGCCGACGCUUUAGUGAACGCCGUUGACAGGCUCGCCGCAGACUCUCCCAGCAUCCUCACCAGGGUGCUCGGCUUUGGUGACGCUAUGACAACCUACGCCUGUGACUUUCAUAACAACUCCACGCAACUGUAUUACCCGCAGGACGGCGACUAUUGCCUCCAUCUGCUGCUUCACAUCUUCCGCCUAGUGUUCCCCGUGCUCAGAUAUCUGUUCACUCAGUGCUCUCUCCCCGCUCACCACGGCGGCUGGGCGGAGUGCAGGUACGGCAAGGGUGUCCCACCAUACACGUGGCAGUGCGCUCCUCCACUCACCGCCCUGCCCAACCCUCACCCGGAGUGCUCCGAUAAAUCGCCCCUGAUGUCCUACCUCAAUGACUGCCUCCCCGGCCACCUGCCUCACCAGUUGGUCUCUGUUGGCUGCGAGCCUCAGUGUAACACCUGUCCCAGUGCACCAAAUGGCACGCCCUGUCUCACGCCCCUCGGCUUCCGGGGUUUCUCCGGCAGCACCAAGACGGGCAAAGAGAUAUGUGAAGUGCUGACCAAAUUCUUCGCCCAUCGUCAUCUUUCAUCACUGCUCAGCCUCUGUCCCAGACCGCCGGCCACCCUGGCUGAGCACAUAGGCUUCGCCCUGUCACUCGUCAACGACUGGCACGACGGCAAUAUUGUGCCCAAGAAUUCCCUCCAACAGGCCCUCGAGGCAUCCGCCACGGACUUGUCACUUCGCCUCUACAACCAACCCGGUGACCUGACCGCAGCGCUCACCGCCGCCUACGGCUCGGACUCCGCGAAACACGGCGGCUGCAAGCACCCGCACCUGACGCACCUCGCAGGCACUGACGUCUGCACCAGGCACCAAGCUUCGCCCUUCCUCCAAGCCCUCUGCCGCGACUCCUACGACAGCCUCGCCCACCGACACUCAGGCCUCUACCUCUCAUGGGCCGUCUACCUCCCGUGGACACUCUAUGAUCUGUUGCUGUGCCUGUACACCGCUUUCUGCAACAUCUCCUGCCGCGACUGGGGCUGCGAUGCGUGCCUACAAGAAGGCCCCUGUGACCAGGGCAGCCACGGUAUCCUAAACCCCAAGGCACCUGCCUCCGGCUGCCACUGCCGCUCCACAGUCCAGUGCACGGGCGUGAUGCCGACACUCUACCAGUAUGGCCUCACGUUCGGAGAUGCAAACGCUUUGAUAUCACGACACAAGACUUGUUUCAGCUUCCACACUCAGCUGAGCCGUGUCCUCCACUCUGAGUAUUUCAGAGUACUGUUCAAGGAGUGUGACGAGUUCUUGUGGAAGACCAGAACACCAUUCUUCUUCGCCCUCGCAACGCUCUGGCUCAUCGCCACGCUCUACAUCCUCCACUCACUCCUCUACCGCAUGGACGUCCUACGCAUCCGCUCCCACCUCCUCACCACCAGGGCCUCACACCUCAUCGACGUCAAGGCUUUACUCGCCGGCAGCAGGAGAAUGCUCUCGCUCUACAAGGACGUCGACUACUUCGACGAUGACUUUCACUCGUGA